AUGGUCAAAUUUCUACUAACCGAUUCACUGGUCCAGCGAGUAUCCAGGACCUUCAACUUACUCGACCAAGCGUCAAUUGAUUCCAUUCCAUCGAAGACAAGGCUUGUAUUCGAGAAACUAUCGCUCAGGUCAACUAGAGAAACAGACGAUGGAUCGGAAGAGCUAGAAUUGAUCGAGGGGCAUCGUUGGAUCGAUCACUCUUCACUCUGUGAACUCUCUGCUGCUGCCCAACACCAUUCCAAUAGUUCAAAAACAGCCGAAACUUGUCCAGGUGCGAAUUCUUUAUCGGUUGAUCUAUUCCUAUCCGUGAUCCUCCUCUUGGGCCUCUCAAAGUCGGACCGAACAGACUGA